GUUUCAGCUUCGCCAUCAUGGGCCACAGGUUCAAGUACUCGUGUAUUGAUUCAAUCAAGCAAAUCACACGCAAAUAUUAUAUAUUCUCCCCCUUUCCUCACAGCUCGUCUGACUGUGAGUCCCAGCAGCUCUCAGUUCUUUAAUGGAGACUUUGUGUCUCUGAGCUGUGAGGAGGACGACAGCUCUGCUGGAUGGACUCUGAGGAGAAACACAAGCAAACAACAGAGGACUCAGUGUGGAGAUGGGUGGGGAGAAGGUGCUGGUUCUUCCUGUGACAUAAACUACAUCUACCCAUGGGACAGUGGAGUUUACUGGUGUGAGUCCAGAGAGGGUCCCAUCAGUAACAUGGUUAACCUGACAGUCACUGGUGGAUCAGUGAUCCUGCAGAGUCCUGUCCUCCCUGUGAUGGAGGGAGAUGACGUCACUCUGCUCUGUAAAACAAAGACCACUCCCUCCAACCUCCCAGCUGCUUUCUAUAAAGAUGGCUCCCUCAUCAGGAAGCAGCCUACAGGUCACAUGACCAUCCAGCAUGUUUCCAGGUCUGAUGAAGGCCUCUACAAGUGUGACAUCAGCGGUCAUGGAGAGUCUCCAUCCAGCUGGAUCACUGUCACAGGUGAGGAGCUUCACUCUGAUUAAACCUCUA